AUGGCCAUAGAUCUUUCCGAUUACUUCAAAACUUUUUAUAGAGAGAACCUCCGGAAUCUUCUGGUGAAGGUCCCGGCCAGGGAGGGAGACCUGACUGCCCAGUCUACUCGCCUGCUGGAGAAGAGGAGGGAGGUGGCGCAUGUGCACCAAGCAAUGGAGUCCCAGAGAGAGGAGAACGAGGUGAAGCGUCUCCGUGCCAUGAAGAAAGCCGCGCAGGAGCGGGAGCUGACCAAUCAGAAGGAGAGUGACCUGGCCGCCCUCCAGCAGGAAAUGACAUCGCUGAACCACGAGCGUGAGGUCCUGGAGAAGAGAGUGCUGCGACACGCCGUCUUCCUGCGCUACCUGGAGAGAGUCGUACAGGCAUCCGAGCAGUUCCAGGAGGUGCGUCAGGUGAUGAGUCGCUAUGACACCCUGGUUCUGACCCGCGAGGACUUGCUCAGAACCGCCCAGGAGAACCAGGAGAAUAUGGACCGAGCCCGGGCUCAGCUGGGCCGUUUCCUGGAGGAGAAAAACAACGUUGUUCUUCAGUAUAAUAACCAGCUGGCUCAGCUACAGAGCCGACUGGACCAGGCCCGGAGCGACGCCCUGCUCUGGGAGUCCCGCUGGACUCACAUACAGAACACAGCUGCCAAGAAGACUCUGCUGCUGGGCACCAUCAAGAUGGCAACUCUGAACCUCUACCAGACCGUGUGCAAGAGACAGCGGGACGGAGGAGGCGACCCUGUCCCACUCGAGGACACCCCCAAACAGCUGGAGAAGAUUCAAAAAGUAAUUUUGGACAUGGCCACCAUCUCGGAGGAAGUGACAAAACAAGAAGCUGCCGCAGCAAGCAAGAGUGGCCCCGCGCUCCCUGCUCUCUAGCCACCAGAGCUCUGCCGCCCCCUUGUGGAAGCCGACCGGGACUGCAGCUGCACGAAUCCGGUGCCACAAACACAACAGAUAUUUACAUUGCCAAGAAAAUGUUUUGUUUUUUUGUUCUUGUUUUUUUUUGUUUUGUUUUGUUUUGUUUUUUUUUGUUUUUUUUUGUAGAAAGUAGCCCUAGCAAUUAUAUGUUUAAAAUCCGUCGUUUAUUUGUUUAUUUGUUUAUUUAUUUAUAAAAAAAGAAUGGAGAAUGAGACGUCAGUUGCAAAGUCCUUACACGGUUUUGUUUGUCUGUGCAGCUGCGAAAAAGACAGGGACGCCGGGAAAUUGAGUCUUUCUCGUUUCACCUCACUGCGCAAGCGCAGCUGCGAAAAAAGACAGGGACGCCGGGAAAUUGAGUCUUUCUCGUUUCACCUCACUGCGCAAGCGCAGCUGCGAAAAAAGACAGGGACGCCGGGAAAUUGAGUCUUUCUCGUUUCACCUCACUGCGCAAGCGCAGCUGCGAAAAAAGACAGGGACGCCGGGAAAUGAAGUCUUUCUUUCUCACUUUCACUACUAUUGUAUCCGACCCCCGACAGGAGAAGGGAAACCAAUUAUAUGUUUUAACUGAAAGCGAGCUUAUUUUUAACACGCAGGACUCUGCAUCAAAGCGAACAGCUUGUGUAAGAAAAUAUACCGAAUAUAAGUUUGAUUAAAAAAAAAAACUACAAGCCCCAGUACAGCGCAUCUGACGUCACAUAACAAAGGCGUACGGAAGCUCUGGAGGGACAAAUCAACAUUCCUGCCAACAUUAAUG